UGUUUUUGGUCUGUUUACAAACUCCAUGGAAUCUCUCUCAAACGGAAAUAUGUACUGUGGAAGUCUUGAUAACAUUUGAUAAGAAGUUGUUGGCUGUGUUGAGAUUGAUAAGAUGGUGAUAAGAGUGACAAUAAAGACCCAGGUAAAUGCGACCCCUAGGACAAACCCCCAGAGAACUCAUGAUGCUGCUCCUGUGGUGUUGUGCUCUUGGCGUCGCUCUCUGCCUGAGCGGGUCGGCGGCCCAAAGCGGGCCUGAGGCCGAUCUGGUCACCUCUCUGCCGGGCCUGGCACAGAACCCCUCCUUCAGACAUUACUCUGGCUAUGUUCAGGCUGGACAGGGGAAGCAGUUUCAUUACUGGUUUGUGGAGUCUCAGAAUAACCCCUCUACUGACCCUGUGAUGCUCUGGCUGAAUGGAGGCCCUGGCUGCAGUGCCAUGGAGGGCAUGCUCUCUGAGAACGGACCCUUCCACUUGAGGGAUGAUGGCACAGUCUACAUCAACCCUUACAGCUGGAACCAGGUGGCCAAUGUCCUGUACCUGGAGUCCCCCGCUGGCGUGGGUUUCUCCUAUUCCACCUCUGGGAAGUACGCCACCAGUGACCCUCAGGUGGCAGAGGAUAACUAUGAAGCCCUGCAAAACUUCUUCGCCAAAUUCCCCUCCUUCGUCUCCAACGACUUCUAUGUGUUUGCCGAGAGUUAUGGGGGUAUCUAUGGUCCAACCCUGGCCCAAAAGAUUGUCAGCAACCCUGGAAACAUCAACUUCAAGGGAAUGGGGAUCGGCAAUGGAAUGACCAGCUACGCUUUAAAUGAUAAUUCACUGCUUUAUUUCGGAUACUAUCAUGGCCUUUUGGCUGACGAUCUGUGGAAUGAGCUUAACCAGGAGUGCUGCUCAGGAGGCUCCUGCAAUUUCUACAGCAACAGUAACAGCAACUGCCAGAACUCUGUGAAUCAGGCUCUGUACUUGAUUCAGGACAUUGGGCUCAACCUCUACAACCUGUAUGAACAGUGCUAUGGAGGGGCACCCAUGAAUGCUGGACGUUAUGCUGCAGACUUGUCUAACCUGUUCAGAGAUUCUGGGUUCACCUUCAAGCCUCAAGUGAGUGACCAGCCCUGCUCAUGGAAAAGGAGAAGGAGAAGGAGAAGAAAACAAAUCUCUAUUCAUCUUUGCCAAUACUUCCCAUCUCUUAACUUAUCACACGUUCUUCCCCUAUCCCAUUCCACUCUUCUCAAUGACAACUAUGCUUUCAGCCAUACCGUCGGUGCCCUGUACCAGAGGACCUACAAGGACAUGACCUGGUUUUACCAGGUUCUCCUGCAACAAAACCUCAAGCUACUGGUGUACAAUGGAGAUGUCGACAUGGCCUGCAACUUCCUUGGGGGAAAGUGGUUCGUGGAGUCUCUAAAUCAGCAGGUGGUGAGCCAGUACCAGCCGUGGUACUAUGAGGACCAGAUUGCUGGUUAUGUGCAGCAGUAUGAGAAGAUCACCUUCAUGACGGUGAAGGGUUCCGGUCACAUGGUUCCCCAGUACAGGCCCGGCCCCGCUCUUCAGAUGCUGAAGAACUACCUGGCUAACUCCUACUGA